GAGUUGACGCGCCUGGCGCAGACGCUGAUGCACCUCCAGAAUAUUCACUGGAUCGUCGGCGACGACUCGAAGAAGGCCAACGUACACGUCACCAAUUACCUGCGGCAGACAGGCAUCCCUUUCACUUACCUCCUCAAUUGUCAUGUCAUUAAAGAAAAUGUCCAAGCCUCUAACCGCCAUGAUGAAUCAUCCUCACCACCCUCCGAUCCAGGAUUUGAGUACAAUGCUGAAAGUAAUGCAAACAUCACCCACAUCGAGUCCGUUGCUUCUUCAUUUGAUUGUGACUUUGACCUUCUGUAUUACCCUUUUGAGGUUCAUCUUUGUGAAAUACAGAUCGCACUUACACAGUUCGGAGCUUAUAAAGCCUAUUUCGACACUAGAAUGAUUAAUCUACAGCCAGACAAUUUCACCCUCACUGAUUUUACCACUCAGCCUAUAUGUUAUACUUUCGUCAAUCAGUCAACAAACCAAGCCAAUCUAUUGAAGAUUCAUAUUAUGUUGAGCAGAAGAUACGGGGCAUAUAUCCUAACCACUUUCCUCCCUUGCAUCGUCCUGACCAUCAUAGGAUCUCUGACGGAAUUUUUUGAAGACGAUAACUUUAGUGACCGCAUAAACGUGACUCUCGCUGCCUUGAUUGUGAUAGCAUCCCUCAUCUCUCAAGUGGCCAUGACGGUGCCCGUGUCUGCUCAACCCAAGCUCAUCGACAUGUACUUCUGCUUCUCCAUGUUCAGGCUAUUCUCCUGCUUCGUUCACCACAGUCUCCUCUGCUUAGUUCGAUGUUUCUGGGAUCAAAGAGAGAAGAAACGCGAAGAGAAAGCGACCAACGUCCAAGAUUCCUUAAUCCCUUUGAAAGAUGACGACGUUCAAGAAGAACCUGUUGGUCGACGCCUGGCAGCUGGUGGCCCCUCAACCACCAAAACAACGGCCCACUUCGUGGACGAAAUCGACGCUUUACAGGGUUGUCAACGUUACCAGCAUUUCCGUCGGGUUCCUCUUGGAUGUCAUAAUGAAUGCCAUUUUCGUCUUCGUGAUUUUCAAGCGCAGUUAUGAAGCUCUGAGAUGAUAUGAGAAGACAUGUCAAAAAUGAAGAUUUGUAUUUUCCUUUGAACUGAGGGAGGAGAUGAACUAUAGAUGUUAUCUUUAUGUUCAUUAUUCCUCUUUCGAUCUUGCAUUGUCGCUCCAGUUAGCUUUGCAUCCUUUCCCUUUUUUAUUCUUUAUUUCUUUCUUCCCUUCGAUUUCGAACAACUUUUAAAUAGGUUAGUUGUAUCUAUUACAAGGCUGGAACAUAGUCUAUUGUUUUCUUCUAAAAUUUACAGUAUGAUAAUGGUUUAAAUCUAGAUAUUUUGGCCAAAGAGACUUUUGUGUGUGUGCGUUUUUUUAAAUUUUUUAUUUAUAUUUUAUAUCACAUGGUUAAUCGCCUGAACAAACCGGAACUCAGUCUAUCUGAUUACACUGCAGAAGGUUGAGUAGCAUUAAGUAGCACUUAAUCCCUCUGGUCCUUGGACCAGAGUGACACUAAACGCAACACCCUGUAAUAAGUCACUUUUUACUGUAAAACUUUAGCAAUACAUACUUUAACUUCAAAGAUAAUUUCAAGGUAAUAAAUAGUCGUU